GAAAAUAAACAAAACAAUAAAAAAUUCUGAAACGGUGUGGUGCAUCUCCUGUUUUCGUAUAUAUUUCUGUGUAACAGGAGAUAUCUAAUAGCCAACUGUGCUGGUAUACGGAAAUAUGAAGAGACGGAAUGCCGAAUGCGGGAAAAUUAGAAGACCCGGCAAACGAGCAAAAAUAACGGAAGGCAUUUACGGCAGUACUUUCAUAUACCUGAAGUUUCUGCUAGUAUGGGCACUUGUGCUGCUCGCAGACUUCAUCUUGGAAUUGCGGUUUGAGUACUUGUGGCCGUUCUGGCUUCUUCUGCGAAGUGUGUAUGAUUCAUUCAAGUAUCAAGGACUGGCAUUUUCUGUGUUCUUCGUGUUCAUCGCACUCACAUCAGACAUGAUCUGCUUCCUCUUCAUCCCGGUUCAUUGGCUGUUCUUUGCUGCCAGUACGUACGUCUGGGUGCAGUAUGUCUGGCACACAGGUAUGGCUGAGAGGGGCAUCUGUCUUCCCACCAUCUCACUGUGGCUGUUGUUCGUGUAUAUAGAGGCAUCAGUACGGCUCAAAGAGAUUAAAAACAUGCCCUUCCACUUAGACCUCUGCAGGCCCUUCGCUGCACAUUGCAUAGGGUAUCCUGUGGUCACAUUGGGCUUUGGCUUCAAAAGCUACAUUGGCUACAGGAUGAGACUUAGAAAACAGAAAGAAGUUGCCAAGGAGAACGACUUUUACCUCCAACUAUUACAGCAAGCUUUGCCUCCAGAGCCACCUAGCAUCACAUCAAACUCCUCAGACAAAGCGCUCUGCAAGCUGGGCGAAGAGAGUCCCCCCAGCAACGGGUUCUGCGGGGGACGCAAGGGCCCCGCAUCAUCAUCAUCGCCGCGCUACGCGGAGGCGGACGUCAAGAACCACGUGAUUCACGCCCUCAUGGACAAACACGAGUUUGAGUGCCCCGAGCCGAGCCCGGCGCCGCCCCCUCCACAGGGCGGCUCCUCUUCCUCUCACCGGCGGCCAUCGAGUGUGAACGACUUUGACGCUUCGGCCGAGGAGCUCCACGACAAGACUGCUUUCAAAGUGAAUGGCGUCUGUGGGGGUUCCAACGUCGUGGCGAACGCGGCCCGCACGGGCUCCUCCAAGUGGAGCCAGAGCAACUGUAACUCAAAGGAGCCGCCACUGGCGCUGGCGGCGGCCGGCGCCGGUGGCAGUGGCAGCAGGAGGGCGGCCCGGAACAACUUCACGACGGCCAACAACAACCUGACGGGCGGCAGCGGAGGCAGCGUGCUCCCGCCGGCAGCCGUGGUCGGUCAGCUGCAUCCGAGGGACGACCACUAUCAGAGACUGGAGGCGGACAUAAAGCGGCUGAAGGCGGACCUGCAGGCCAGUCGGCAGACGGAGCAGGACCUGCGAGCUCAAGUCCACAGCAUAAGUGCGGGAGAGCGGUCCGUAAAGAGCGAGCUACUCCAGCUGCAGCAGGACAAUGAGAACCUGCAAAACAAGCUUCACAACUUGGUGACAGCGAGGCAGCAGGAUAAGGCGAGCAUGAACCAGCUGGAGAAGAGGCUGCAGGAGGAACGCAAGCUCAGGGGUCUGCUCGAAGCGCAACUCAGUCAGGAGCGCAAGGCCAAAAAAGCGGAGGAGGCUGCCGCAGCCAGGGCAGCGGUCGCCAUGGCAACGGCCAGGAGCGAGUGCACAGACAGCUGCAAAGUGCGGCGGAGAGAUCUAGAAAACGAUGUGCGGCAACUGAGGAGGGACGUCAAGGUUCGUGAGGAUCAGCUACGAGCCAUGGAGCGGGAGGCACAGUCGCUGCGGCAGUACAAGGACUCUAUCGGCGACACGGAGGUGCUCAUGUCGGCGCUGGCAGCAAUGCAGGACAAGAACACCCACCUCGAAAACUCGCUCAGUGCCGAGACGAGGCUAAAGCUCGACCUCUUCUCGGCACUGGGCGAAGCCAAGCGCCAGUUGGAGAUCUGUCAGGCGAUGCUGACGCACAAGGAGAAGGAGGUGGACGAACUCAAGACGAAGAUCGCCGAGGUGAUGGCGGUGAUGCCAGCAAGCACGGCGUACCCGGCCGUGUCCCUGGACUCGGGCCUGGUGUCCUCCCUCCUGUACAGCCCCAAGUUCAUCACUGUGUCCUCGCCGAACCCGCCGAGCAACAACAACAACAGCUCAGCCGGUGGGGAGGACAAACUCCCAAAGUCCAACCUGGACCCCAAUGCUUCCGUCUACACCCCCAAGAUGGUCCCCUCCGACCACUAGCGACAGACGGACGGACUUGCCCGAAAGAAGACACACUGCUGAACCCUUCCCCUGCUCUUUCUUUUUUCUUCCCUUCUGUUCCUGCCCUUCCCCUCGCUCGUUCCAGUAACUCCCGGUCGGGAGGCAAGGGUUUUCCUCUUGUUGUGUGCAUGCGUGUCUCGAGGGCAUGCCCCCGUGUGUUUGUGCGUGUGCGUGCGGUUUGAAGGGGGGGGGGGGGGGAAGAGAAAUGCUUCUCGACUCUCCCUCUUUCCCCAGGAAGGAGGGGAGGGGAAGCAGCGACGAUCACCAUUUACUGUCACCAUCUAUCACCACCAUUGCCACCACCACCACUGCUCAUUGUGUUCCCCCUGUCCUCCCAAGAACCCCAAAUGUCCUUUUCUUUUUUUUUUAAAUUUUUUUGUUCUUGGGAGGCGGCUGUUUGGUUUGCAUUUUGGGGUGCGCAGAUUUUCGUUUCUCCUGCAAUGCGAAAAGAAAUCGGACAAAUAUUGAACGGCGCUUGGCCUGGCUUUUUGUUUUUGCACCGCCGUCCGCCGGUAUCCAGCGGAGGUCGAACGAAAAGCGGCACUUUGUAGAGCUUAUUUUCUUCAUUCCUCGCUCCCGGUUUGAAGUGCCACCUUUUAGGUUGCUGCAUACAUCUCUUUCGUCGGGAAAAGCAAAUGCUCACCUUCGGCUGCUUCUCUCCUUCCCCUUUCAUGCAUCAUGUGUGACUUAGUCCUUUCCUUUUUUCCCAUUCAAAUCCCGAUUCUUGUUUGCCUGGUGGUCGUUCAAACUAGUAACUUAUUUUUUUUCACAUCAGUCAUCCACUUUUUUUUUUUUUCGUUGCCCCCUCCUUGAAGCACAACUGUAAAUCAACCAAUCAACCAGUUGAAAGGAAGGGCAAAGCUUUUUUAUCAUUAUUAUUAUGGAAGUUUGUGCCAAGACAUGGUCCCCCACUCCCUCUUCUUUUUUUUUUUUUUUUUUUUUUUUUUUUUUUUUUUGCGUUUUCUUUUUUUAGGGGGUGGAAUUCUCCUGGAGUCAUUGCAAAAGUUGUGUUCAACAGUUUGUGCAAAAUGAGGCACUUUAUUUUUCUUUGUGCCGAGGCAGAAUUAGCAGAAGCUUUCCCUCGCAUGCCCCCCAUACCCUUUUCCUUUUUGCGUACUGCUUAUUGCGCUCACUAUCAGGGUAAUGAUCUCAUGUCGUUGUUCCGUCACGUCUACACACAGACUCCCCCUCCAACCACACACCUUUUUUUUUUCUAGUCCCGUCCUAUCCUGCCUCGAGAGGUCACAGAUUUUUUUUAUUAUUAUUAUUAUUACUAUUACUACGCUUGUUGUCGAUGACAGGACUUGUUCGACAAGUCGGACAGCUGCAGGAUCCUCCGGAAAUCCGCAAGAACUCUCUCACUUCGGCAAGAUGCGUCCCUUCCGACGCGAGUAAUCACACGACUGCUCAAAAUUCGAGGCCUCGGGCCAAAGGCUUGCAUUCUCGUACUUCUCCGACUGGAUGCGAAAGGUUCUUGCAGACUUCCAGACGAUUUAUUGACAGCAGUACGUUUUCAGACGUAGCCAGAUGCCAGCAUAAGCCCUGCCGGCGUUUCUGUCUAAUUUAAGCGACCCUUCCCAAGCCCCCUAUUUGCCCCGCCAACUUAAAACGGAGAGCAAACGGGUGACGAUCCAGCCGAGCUGAAGAGACGUGGCCGACGUCAGUGUGUGUGUGUGGUUUCCGUGAUGCGCCCUAGAGUAAUGAAAACGCGGAGGAAUAAAAAAAAUGGCUUCCUCAUCGAA